CUACAUUGUUUUCAGUCAUUGGAAGAGUUGGCAACACUAGUGAGAGCCUGUGUGAACAGAGAACUUUUCUCAUACUAUAAAUAGAAAAACCUUUUCGAUUCCUUGUGGACCGGGUGGAAGUCUAAACCGAAAACCAGGCAGCCAAAUGUCAAGGUCUUCUUUUGUGGCUGUGAGCGGAAGUGCACAACAGAGUCCGCCCUCUGCUUUCGAAGUAUCAUUUGACGAGAAAAGUUGGCAUGAUAUUGACAAAUUGCCCUUAAAACAUAAAUCGCUUAAUGUUUGCUAAAGCUACUGACGUUUGCAGUUGAAUCGCAGUACAGCUUUAACGCAAACUACGUGAAGAUUGUAUUUCAAACUGUAUUUUUACUGCGCCUGUUGAAAUCGACUGGCAUUUUACUUAUCUGGUAAUUGUAAAACCAGUUAUUAAUUUCGGUGCGUUCCUUUUAUUAUUUGCAUCUAAGUUGCAUAGCCAACCGGCUUUGAACGUAUCACCAAGAGAAGCAUGGAUGACAAGGGACCCGCUGAAGAUUCUGGUCCAGAUAGAGGUUCCUUCAGUGAUUUAGGGACAAGCGUCGCAGCCAAGUUUCAACAAAAUGACAGACGAGAUAAGGCAACUCCGUUUCACAUCGUCAGUGAUCCAGGAUUUCAUCGCAGCAAACGACUUGGGAGCUCAUCUGUCAACAAAAUAGGGACUUCCGCUCGCCUGCUUCUUUGUACAUCUGGGGAUCUUAGUGUCCAAUGUAUUCAGAAGAAAGUGGCUACAGCAUCCAUGGGAGACCAAAAACCAAGUACUGGACCCAAUCAGACCACCUCAAUUGAAAAAACAAGUCCACUUGGAGUUGAGCUGGCCGCGAGGAAAGCGGCUAAGUUGGAUCUAAGUAUGGAUACCUGUGCACCACCUCAGAUGACGGAGCUUGAAGAUAGUGAAAGAAGAGACGCCUUCACCUCCACCAAACCUCACUCAGCAACCAAGAGGAAGAAAAGGAAGAUGGGACUGUACAACCUUGUACCGAAGAAGAAGGCAAAACCCCUUAAAAAGCAGGAACAGGAUGAUUCUCAAAAUGUGCAGAGGAACCACGUUGCAGCCGAUGGGAUGAUAUCCAACAUGGCAAAAUCCGGAGAAGCCUCAAUUACUACAAAUACUUUAGCGACGGAAAUACAACCGGGAGAAGCAAGCCAUGUUGAAUACACGGAGCUGAAUUUGGACUGCCUCGAUCUAAAAGCUCAGGAAAAGCUGCUACUACCACACUCAACAGCGCCUGCUGAGGUAACUGAAACAGACCUGACCGAGGAGUUACCAUUGUGCUGCUGUCGUAUGGAGACGCCUCCCAGUGGAGGUGUGUUGACCGCUCUGGAUCAGACCUGCAUGGCCAUGGAGAUCACAGAUGGAAUGGUGAGUCGUUGCCAGAAACGGGUGAUGAAGCACGAAAUGAUGAGACCCUCCAAUAUGGUCCAUUUGUUGCUUCUGUGUGAGAAUCACAGAACCAGCAUGGUUAAACACCAAUGCUGUCCUGGCUGUGGGCUCUUCUGUAGUGCGGGUACCUUCAUAGAGUGCCAGCCGUAUGGCAGCAUUUCCCAUCGGUUCCACAGGGAUUGUGCUUCCAUAUUGAAGGGUCACAGAUUUUGCCCUCACUGUGGAGAGGAUGCCAGUAGCGCAAAGGAGGUCACAGUACCGAAGAACAAUACCUUGCCUACAUCGCACCCAGGACCAUCGCUUCCAGCUGUGCCACCCGGUCCCCCUACUCAGCCACUCAGAGCUAAAAAGACCAGUGAGCCACAUAAGAGUAGAGAGCUCAACCUUGGCAGGGACGAGGCGGCGUGUACUGCUGACAGACCAGCCAAAGAAUCACUAGAGAGUAUACUGAUGAGACUAGAUGAUGAAAAUCUAAAACCACCUGAAGUGAAUUCCUCUACCAGACAGCUCUACCUUUCUGCAAAACAAGGAGAUCUUCAGAGGGUCAUUCAUCUUUUGGUUGACGGAAAGGAUCCCAACUUUUUGAUGGAUGGACAAAACAAAUGCUCACCCCUGCAUGCUGCUGCAGCUGAAGGUCAUCAGGAGAUUUGCCAUGUGUUGAUCCAGGCUGGAGCUCACCUGGACAUGUUUGAUGAAAAUCAGAAAACACCCCUGAUGACUGCUUGUGAAAAUAAUCAUUUGGACACAGUCAAGUACCUGAUCAGGGCCGGUGCAGCCAUUAAUCACAAGGAUGUAAUGGGGUUCACCUGUCUGCAUCUGGCUUCCAAACUGGGACAUUAUGACAUCGUGCAGCAUCUACUCUCCAGGACAUCCAAGUACCUGAACUCUCAGGAUGAUGGUGGAUGGACCCCCAUCAGCUGGGCAAUCGAGCAUAAACACAAGAACGUGUUCUACCUAUUGCUGUCCGAAGGGGCUGACGUUAACAUCCGAGACAAGGAACAGAACGUCUGCUUGCACUGGGCAGCCUUAUCAGGGUGUGCUGAUGUUGCCCAGGCGCUUCUGGAUUCCCAGUGUGACUUGAAUGCCACCAAUGUACACGGAGACCUGCCGAUUCAUGUGGCUGCCAGAGAAGACCACUUGGAAUGUGUGAUGUUGUUUUUGUCUCGUGGAGUUGACCUCCGUCAGAAGAACAGGGAAGGACAAACUGCUUUGGACUGCUGCACGAACGGCUCAAAUGUAUGGAUGGCCCUCAACACAAGCAAAAAGCUGACAGAUACCAGAAGGAACAGGGACUGUCUUGGAGAGCAGCUGCUCAGCAGGGAUAUUUCUCGUGGAUAUGAAGCAGUUCCCAUAACCUGUGUCAAUGGAGUUGACAGCGAACCAAGCCCUGGAAACUUUAAAUAUUUACCAGACAACUGUGUCACUUCUCCACUCAACAUUGACAAGGACAUCACUCACCUGCAGCACUGCAGUUGCACAGAUGACUGCUCAUCCAGUACCUGCAUGUGUGGUCAGCUCAGUCUACGAUGUUGGUAUGACAAUGAGGGCCGGCUACCACCAGACUUUUGUCAGCAAGAUCCUCCGGUUCUCUUUGAGUGCAACCAUGCCUGCUCGUGUUGGAGAACAUGCAAAAAUCGAAUCGUGCAAAAUGGAUUGAGGGUGCGACUACAGCUCUUUAGAACACAGAAAAUGGGCUGGGGUGUUAGAGUCAUGCAAGAUGUCCCUCAAGGAACAUUUAUUUGCGAAUAUGUUGGUGAGAUUAUCACUGACACAGAAGCAAACAAAAGAGAGAACGACUCGUUCCUCUUUACUCUUGACAAUAAGGUGGGUGACGUUCACUGCAUCGAUGCAAGGCUUUUUGGCAACAUCGGCCGCUUCAUUAACCAUCUUUGUGAGCCCAACCUGUUGGCUGUGAAGGUGUUCACCAUGCACCAGGAUUUGCGCUUUCCAAGGAUUGCCUUCUUCUCCAGCAGGCCGAUCAAAGCCGGAGAGCAGAUUGGGUUUGAUUAUGGUGACGACUACUGGACGGUGAAGAGGAAAUACUUCAGCUGUGAGUGUGGGUCAGUGAAGUGUCGCUACUUCUCCAGGACAUAGACCUUGGUGACCACAGAGAAAGUUUUGUGGGAGUUAAUAUCUAUAUGUAUGUGUUUCUUAAGCUGUUCAACAAUUAUUAAAUGAGAUUGGCCCCAACUAACAGGAACAUCAGUUAUUUAAGGAGGACACAGGAAAAGUUACCAAAGUUUAUUAAUGUAGAAACAAAGAAAAAGAAAGAAAAACCACUCCCUUGCCCAAAGAAACAAAAGGACGGUGAGGUGAACAGGUCAACUUUGUACAGAGCUGUCGUACUGUCACCGCACCACUAUCCUUAAAUAAGAAAAAAAAAAACACAACAAAACCGAAAACAGGACCGCCAGUCACACCAGUUCACACAAGAACUAAAAAGUCAUAGAAAAGACACAAAACCUGCUACUCAGGACCAUACCGAGGUGGAACCAAGUCUGCCACCAACGGAGGCAGCAUUCAGAGUGGAAGGUGGAGGGCGGAGAGCCAGAGAGAGUCCCUGCCCUGAGGCCUCCAUGGGUCCUUCAGCUGCUUCCUGCAAAAAACAAGACCUUUCAAUUAACAAAAUAAAAAAGUGGUCAAACAUAACACCAUCGUUCAUUAGCAACAUAAGCUAACAAGUUAAAUGUACAAUCCAGGUUUAAUCCCUAAAUAUGCCUCAAACACUUAUUAUUAAACAUAUUUAAAGUAUAAAAUGUAUAGCUAGUCAUCACUAAUGAAUGACAAUGUAAGAUGACAAUGACUAUUCAUGAACUCACGAGUCCCAUUCACAGCACACAUGGUGCAUUCAAGGACCACCAAACUUGUGAAAAAAGUGUGAAAUCUCUGGGUGAAAGCAUUAUAAAUGAAAAUGAAACUGAAGACACAAAUAUGUAAACAAUGUGGGGUUUUUGUGGUACAACAGUGGUACCUGUGGUACAACAGUGGUACAUGUAUGGU